GGGGAUGUUUUGGUCCAGAUCAUUGGAUGCUGUUGACACUUGCCAUGCAUGUGUUGAUUCAAGGCUAUUGCAUUACAGUGACUAUUGUCUAGAGUGCUGAUAACAAUAGAACAAUACAUACCUAUUAGAUAUUCAUUUUGGUGAUAAUUGUACUAUUAGACUAUCUGCAUUUCCUGUUUCAUUCUAAGUGUAGCGUUUUGUUCAAGAUUAAUGCCUCUCCUCAACGUUAUAGUUUCACCUUUGCUCUGAAAGCUAACCACCUGAAAGGAAAAGCAUUACCUGACUCACUGCUAUUUUGUUAUAUAACAUAUUGUUGUGAUCAUAACCUUGUUGUUACAUUGCAACCGUAGCCUAUAAUUGGGCUCCCCUUUGUCUCUGUUCAGGUCACAGCGGUGUGAACCAGCUGGGCGGUGUGUUUGUUAACGGUAGACCGCUACCGGACACCACCAGGCAGAAAAUCGUCGAACUUGCUCAUAGUGGCGCGCGGCCGUGCGACAUCUCCAGGAUUCUGCAGACCCAUGAUGACUCAAAAGUCCAAGUGCUGGAAAAUGAAAACGUGUCCAACGGGUGCGUGAGUAAGAUCCUUGGCAGAUACUAUGAGACUGGCUCCAUAAGACCGAGAGCGAUCGGAGGCAGCAAGCCGAGGGUAGCCACUCCAGAGGUGGUGGGGAAGAUAGCGCAGUACAAGAGGGAGUGCCCGUCUAUUUUCGCCUGGGAGAUCCGCGACAGACUGUUGUCGGAGGGGGUCUGCACCAACGACAAUAUACCCAGUGUAAGUGCAGUGAGUGUGUCAUCGAUAAACAGAGUCCUCCGCAACCUGGCUAGCGAGAAGCAACAGAUGGGCGCAGAUGGCAUGUAUGACAAGCUGAGAAUGCUCAACGGUCAGACAGGAACUUGGGGGACACGGCCCGGCUGGUACCCCGGAACUUCAGUGCCAGGGCAGCCCAACCAAGAUGGCUGCCAGCCACAGGACGGUACAGGAGAGAACACCAACUCCAUCAGUUCGAAUGGGGAGGAUUCUGACGAGACGCAGAUGCGACUCCAACUAAAGAGGAAACUACAGAGAAACCGCACGUCGUUCACCCAAGAGCAGAUUGAAGCACUGGAAAAAGAAUUUGAAAGGACUCAUUAUCCUGACGUUUUCGCGAGGGAAAGACUGGCAGCGAAAAUAGAUCUGCCUGAAGCAAGAAUACAGGUGUGGUUCUCAAACAGAAGAGCGAAGUGGAGGCGGGAGGAGAAGCUCCGGAACCAGCGUCGUCAGGCCAGCAACUCCUCCAGUCACAUCCCCAUCAGCAGCAGCUUCAGCACCAGCGUCUACCAGCCCAUGCCUCAGCCCACCACACCGGUGUCCUUCACAUCUGGGUCUAUGUUGGGCAGACCUGACACGGCCCUCACCAACACGUACAGCGCACUGCCUCCCAUGCCCAGCUUCACCAUGGCCAACAACCUGCCUAUGCAACCCAGCCAGACCUAUUCCUGCAUGCUGCCUACCAGUCCGUCUGUGAAUGGGCGGAGCUACGACACAUAUACGCCCCCUCAUAUGCAGGCACAUAUGAACAGCCAAUCAAUGACCACUUCUGGUACCACCUCAACAGGACUCAUCUCUCCUGGAGUGUCUGUCCCUGUCCAAGUCCCAGGCGGCGAGCCUGACAUGUCUCAGUACUGGUCAAGACUACAAUAGAGAGAAGAGCUACUUCUCCCUGUAACUGUUCACCCACCGCCCUCCGCUGGGAGCUCACACACACAUGGAGAGAAGUGGAGGAGAGAGAGAGACUCUGGGAGUGCCCUAGGACUACAGGGUGUGGUUGUUUCCACUGGGACCGUGUGUUGUUCUGUAGUCUUGGCACAUAUGAGGACUGGGGAGAACAACGAUGGGAAAUUGAGGGGGAAGAAGAAGACAAAACGUGGACCUCUGUAAAGUGCCCGGUGUUUAACAUCUUCAUGGAACAAAAACUUCAUUUUUUUUCUCACUUUUCAAGUAAUUGAUUCUUUUUUUCUGUCUGUCUCUUGUGUUUGUAUAUGGGCGUGUGUAUGUUAUGAUGAAAAACCCAGAUCAAGUACUGAUAGAUGGACUGCUAGAAAACCAUGUUGGUCUUGUGUUUGUUUUUGAGGUAAAGGAGAACCCAAGAGAUUUCUGCCAUGACUAUUUUUUUAUCUGCUUACAUCGAGACUUUCUACCAGACUUUGCACAGUCUGUGGACUCAUACGAAACUGUUGCAUAUCACCCGAGAGGAGAGCUGUGGGGAAUAGACUCAGUGUGUUUAUUAAUCCUAUUUAUUGGUCAUACUCCUUCAAAAUGGCCGUCAGCAGAGGAGGACCUCCAGUCAAUCCACCCACCUCAGCCUUGGGUCUUUGACUCCUGCAAUAUCACACAAACUGUAUAGGCCUGGAUAUUUCACUGUGGUCACAGACAACCACAUUAUCACAGGAAUUGUACAGACAACCACCACUAACAGUUUGCAAGGACAGUGGGACAUUCAAGACUUGUUCAUGGACUUCUGCUGUGGUGGAUGGAUUGAUUCUAGGUUCAAGACUUGUUCAUGGACUUCUGCUGUGGUGGAUGGAUUGAUUCUAGGUUCAAGACUUGUUCAUGGACUUCUGCUGUGGUGGAUGGAUUGAUUAACGGUCCAAGUGAAGAGCUAUAGAUGCAGAGGAGCUGUGGAGUAAAACAGUUGAAUCGCUAAAUGGUAGACUGUGUCUUCGAUAUAAUCCAAUUUGUUCAUGUCAAAUUGUAAGUAUGUCUUCCCUAGAAAUCAAAAGAUUUCUCCAAUAAAAGUACAUUUACAUUUUUAUCCCCCCAAGAAUAUUCUAUAAAUGUUUUCUACACAUUUUCAUGCAUCAUAAAAAUACAUUUCUUUAGGUCCAAUUAGUCUCUUAGGUAUAGUUGUAUUAUAGUGUCCUAUUGUCAAAUCAUUUUGUGCAACUAGAAAGAUUUCAUUCCUAGAAUUAUGAUUAAACAUGCUUGACAAAGUUUGAAA